UUUCGAAAGCAUGUGCGAGUUACAGAAUGAAAUUGAUAUAAUAUUUCAUACAUUGUGAAUUUUAUAUUUUUUUUUUAGUAAAAAUGGAAGUAACAACGCGGUUAUGUUUUCGCCAACUAAAGCAUUUUAAACUGUUAAAACUUCAGCAGUUUACGUACAGACCAAUAUUUCCUUUAGCAAUGCCAAUUUAUUUCCAGAAACCGAAACCAAGUAUUCUGGGACCAAUUAGAUAUGUAUCAAUGGAAAUUCCAAAGAAGCAAAUAGGAAGAGGAACGAAAAAAAAUGCAGAUAACGAACGAAAAGGACCCAUUACAUGGAAAACUCUUGCCAUUACACUUGGUAUUGGAAGUGUUUUAUUAAUUGGAAUGUUAUAUGUUAAGAAAGAAAAAGAAAUAGCAUUGGAUCGUGAAAGAAAAAGAGCUCUUGGGAAAGCUUCUAUUGGAGGUUCAUUUAAUUUAAUAGAUCAGAAUGGAAAUCCACGUUCAAGUCGUGAUUUUUUAGGACAAUGGCUACUGAUUUAUUUUGGUUUCACACAUUGUCCAGAUGUCUGUCCUGAUGAAAUAGAAAAAAUGGUGAAAACUGUUGAAAUAUUAGAUGCAAAUAAAGAUGUACCUAACGUACAGCCAGUUUUCAUUACUGUUGAUCCAGAAAGAGAUGAUAGACAUAUUGUAGGAGCUUACCUUAAAGAUUUUCAGGUUGAUCACACCAUAAUAAUUUAUUUAGUGAAUCCUGAUGGAGAAUUUGUUGAUUAUUAUGGACAAACAAAGGAUGCUGAACAAAUUGCAAGGAGCAUCAUUGUUAAUAUGACAAAAUUCAAUCAAAUGAAAAGUAAAUUCUGGUAAAAGUAGAGUUAAAUAUAAAUAAAAAAAGUUAUUAUUUGCUUCAAACUAGUUAGGAAUUUGUAAAUUGUUUUAAUUACAAAAGUUUUAAAAAAUAUUAUAUUUAAACGAUGG